AUGAGGCCAAACUCCUGGGACAGGCGGGAGCGGGGCACGUGCCUUGGGUGGCCCGCCACGUGGGCCGGGCCCCGCAGGUCGUUCCACGAGGCUGGUAAAAAUCAAGGUGAUCCCAAGAAAAUGGCUUCUUCUCCAAAGGAGGUAGAAGAAGAUAGUGAAGAUGAGGAAAUGUCAGAUGAAGAAGAUGAAAGCAGUGGAGAAGAGGUUAUCAUUCCUCAGAAAAAAGGAAAGAAGGCUACCACAACUCCAGGAAAGAAGGUGAUGGUUUCUCCAACAGAAAAACUUGCAGUUGUCACCCCUGGCAAAGAGGCAGCAAUUACACCAGCCAAAGCCAUAGCAACCCCUGGUAAGAAGGAAGCAGCCACCCCAGACAAGGGAGCAAGGAAUGACAAGAAUGCCAAGAAGGAAGAUGGUGAUAAGGAAGAUGAUGGCAACAGUGAAGAGGAGGAUGAGGAUGAAUUUGAGCCAGUAGUGAUGAAAGCUACUGCUGUUGCCCCUUUCUUGGACGAUGAGGAUGAUGACAAAGAAGAUGACUCUGAAGAAGAACCUAUGGAGAUUGCACCAGCCAAAGGCAAGAAAGCUCCCGUAAAAGCUAUUCCUGUGAAGGCUAAGAGCACAGAAAAUGAAGACGAAGAGAAUGAUGACAAAGAGGAUAAAGAUGAAGAUGUGGUGGAGGUGGAGGUGGAGGUGGAGGAAGAGGAAGAUCAUAUUAAAAAAACACCUCAUAAACAGAAGAAGAAAAUGGCCAAACAGAAGACUUCCCCUGAAACCAAAAAACAGAAAUUAGAAGCUGAACCACCUGUAACUUUCAAACUGUUUGUUGGAAACCUGAAUUUCAACAAAACUGCUGCUGAACUAAAAACUGGUCUCAGGGAAUUUUUUGCUAAAAAUGAACUCACAGUUGUUGGUGUCAGAGUCAGCUCGUCCAGGAGAUUUGGUUAUGUGAAUUUUAAAUCUGUUGACGAUCAGGAAAAAGCCCUGGAACUCAGUGAGACAAAGGUCCUUGGGUAUGAAAUUAAAUUGAAGAAACCAAAGGGAAAGGAAACAAAGAAAGAUCGAAAUGCCAAAACACUUUUGAUCAAGAACUUGCCUAGCAAGGUCACUGAGCAUGAACUAAAGGAAGUGUUUGAGGAUGCUUUUCAAAUCAGAUUUCUGAGCCAUGAUGGGAUAAGUAAAAGGAUUGCCUAUAUUGACUUCAGGUCACAAGCUGAUGCAGAGAGAACCUUGGAAGAGAAGCAAGGAACAGAAAUUGGAGGGCUUGCCAUAGUUCUGGAGCAUGUUGGAGAGAAAAAUCAAGGCCAAAAAGAUAGAGCCAGGAAGAACAGAAGUUGGAGAGGAAAACAAAAGAUAGAACAAGAAAGCCACACAUUUCAAGAAAAAUGGGAGAGAGCUUAUUUCUUUGUGGAGAUUCCACAUGACAGAAAUCAUCUGGCAUUUGUUUUUCUGAGUGACUUACUUCAAGGGCUGAAUUGAUUUGAUUCUGCCAGUCAAGGUUCUGAGAAGGCCAGAGAAACCCUGCUGUCCCAGGAAGGAGAGA